AUCUGCGGGAAACGAUGAUGCAAAACAAGAAAUACCACCUGGCUCAGGUUACAGAAGUGACAACAGCAGGGAAGUGGAACUGCCACGAGACAGCUCUUCUGGCGGAGUGCAUGCAUCUUCGGCAGCCUUGCUAGUUCCCGAAUCUAACAAUCUUUCGAAAAUGGGGAAUACGAGCAGCUGUACGCCUAUGAAAAAUAUGGACGAGCCGUCCGAUGAAAGACAGCACUCGAGCGACCAGAGCAUACCAAAGAUCGCCGUGAUUGAGGCGUCUCCCCUGCCCGCCGCUUCCGAUGGGACCAUGUUCAGCCUUCCACAACCUGUGUGUUUGCCACAGCACGAUCAGACUUUGUCCGAAGUCGAUGCGUUUGAUGAGCAUAACUCAAAAAAGUAUUCUGAGGCGGUGCCCCAGAACGGACAGGGGCCAGAGAAAUCAUACGAGGACAGUAUAAAAGGUGUCGUGAGGAGGAGAAAAUCUGGAGGGUCCCAGCGCAGUGUGGGGUCCAACAUAUCGGAAGGAAGCGACGAGGGGCAUUUUGACACAACAAGCAUGUCCGGGAGUGACACCAACACCCCGCGAGGCAGCCGUAAAAUUUUUAUUGAGUUGAUGAUGAACAGCUCUCCACAGGUACGACGCAGCAUGGUGCUUAGAAACUCGGUUUAUCUCUCCACAAGGCACAAGGAUUCAAGGAGCGAUAGCGAGACGGGUUCUAUGGUGUCCUCGAUCACAGAUGACGAGAACACCCCGGUCUCCUUGGACCCUAUGGAACAUGAGUGGAUGAUGUGUGCGUCUGACGGGGAGUGGGAGAGCCUGCACCGGCUUCUUGUCUGCGAGCCAACCCUAAUCUCGAAGAAGGACUUUGUCACGGGAUUCACCUGCCUCCACUGGGCAGCUAAGCUUGGCAAGCAGGAGCUUUUGGCCCUGCUGGUGAACUAUGCCAAGCAGCAUGCGGUGCCUAUUAACGUCAAUGUCCGGUCAAGUGCUGGCUACACUCCCCUGCACUUGGCAGCUAUGCACAAUCACGUCGAUGUGGUGAAGCUACUUGUAGGGGCUUACGAUGCAGAUGUGGAAGCCCGAGACUACAGUGGGAAAAAAGCUUGUCAGUACCUUCCCAAAAGUGUGGCUCGGGAAAUAUGUGAGAUUACAGGGGGGCAUGGGGAGUCAGACACAGAGAACAAUGACUAUGGUGAGGGCACUCGAUGGAGGCUGUCAAAGGUCCUCCAGUCUAACCUGAGGCCCCUGAAGUUACUUAACCACAGUGAGGAGGAUGUCCACGACGGUGCCAGCUCUGCCAGGGCAAAGCCUUUGCGCAGGAAGUCCUCACUGAGCAAGCUGAAACCCAAGAUGAACAAGAUCCGCUUCAGGACACAGAUAGUUCACAGCACCUCGUUCAGUGACAGGCAGCUGAGCGAUUUGGCUCACCAUAAAAGUCCACCUCGGACCAGGCCCAUGUCAAGCCUGUUUGGGUGAGCCGAUAACAGAUCAAAACCAGCCUAUUUACAUUCUCUCAUAUUCUCACUGUGGGUUGAGAAUGUAGUAUAUGUAACAAAUCUACUUCUUAACUGUGUCCUUUUUUCAUCAUUGCUUUAGGCUACUUGAAAUGUACUUUAACUUUCAACAAAGGUCUAACAGUAAAGCCCUCUAAGCCUAUGAAAGGCUGUAGUUGUAUGAGAGUAGCCUACAGGGAAUUAAUUUCUACUUGGAGUAACCUUAAUAUCUGGAACCUUUCAGAAUAGUGGUGCAACAUUUUUUGCAAAUUUGAAAUCUCUUUGGCAGGGACCAUUUCCUGGUCGGUGAGCUUAUAACCAAAGCUUACAUGUAAAGGGCCCCAUUGGACCUGCUAAGUAGCCUGGAUCACUGACAAAGGAUUUCAGUGUCACACGGUCACAUGUUGUGUUAAAUCACGCUGUAUUUUGUAACAAGGUCUUAAUCUAAACUUAAAGCCCUGGUGGACUGCAGGCCUCUACUGAACGUUACCACUGCAGGCCACAGCAUGUCAGACAGGAUGAAGCUGAGUGUAAUAAGACUAGGUUACUCUACUGAUAAGAGACUGAAUUACUUCCAAACAACUGCACAAGACAUGUGCAAAUAGAGAGGUGUGUGAAUUGAAAGACACUAUGAAUUACUAUGCUUGAUAAGAAGAAUAAUGUAGAGAUUUUGGCAGCUUUAACAUUGCUAAAAGGUGUUAUAUGACAUUUGAUUUGAUGUUGAAAUUCAACACAUCAGAACACUACCAAUAUCUCAUUCCGAUCAGUAUCCAGUAUGUGGGCACAAUGAGAGAACAAUCUGAUAGCUUUGCUUGCUUUUCUAUGCCUGUAUAUUUAAAACCAGCACUUAAAGUAUCUGCCUACGCUGGGUAUUAAUCUCACUGGGCACUUUUCUGCUCAAGGGCUGCAUUUCUCAGUUCUCAGUCCUGAUCGGGUAGCUGUAGGCUGUUUUGCAAGACUUCUCUUUCAUUAUUACACGUGUUCCGUGACAAGUUCAUGGCAUUUCUGAUGUUGUUGCCCCAGCAAGUUUGCUCACCUCACUCUCUGUCGGGUAUGUCACCGGCAAGCCAAAGCUUGCUGAUGGUGAGGGAUGGGAAAUGGAAGGAAACCUCUGCAGAAUCAUAUGGGGUUGAACUGAGCGCACUAUCCUAGCACCAUCAGAUGGCUGUGCUGUGUUUGUCUCAUGGAGGUCCCUAUAGACCCCCCGCUCACUGCCCCAUAGUGCACUGUGCAGCCAUGCAGUCAACAACACCCCCACCCCAUCCCAGACCUAGAAACGCCAUGUUAGCAGUUCUCUCAUUAAAAAUGCUGCCUGCAUUGUCAAGCUUUCAGUAAUUGAGGGGU